UGGAGACGAACACACCCGAGGCUCUGCCAAACGGCAUAUAAGUUGUUCGUCAGUGGGGUUUCAAGUUCUCUUCUAACUCCCCUCGCCGUGCGUCGGAUUGCUCCUAUCUUCAUCCACCGUACUCGUCCAUACGUCCCUAUCCACAUCUUUAUCGCUUUUGUCCACUGUUCAAAGACGGACCAAGGCUAUCAUGGGAAACUGCCUGUCAAAGGCGCGAACGCGUUCCAGUAAGGGCCAAUUUGGUGACUUGUCUGAUGAUCGUGCAAAGGAGAACAAAUUAUCUCUUGUUGGGCACACCAGCAACUAUGGAUCAGCGCUGUCACCAUAUCCUACCUCUGCCGCAUUAGCAAUGCCCUUGCCCCCUCACAAUGAUGCCAAAGCUCCAUUUCCGACGCGAGCGGAGUAUCUCCGCCAGCCUUUGCGUGCAGAAUUGUUGCAAGAUGCGCUUCAGACGCUUCGCAAUUAUGACACGACUAUCAUCAUGGAUGAUUCUUCAUCUAUGACUGGUUCGCUGUGGAAUGAGGCAAAACAGGCUCUCGCCACGCUCGUCGAUGUAGCGAGCAAAUAUGACGCCAGUGCCGCUGGUAUAGACAUACAAUUCUUGAACUCCAACGUAACCAUGACGGGAGUUACGGACUCCAGAGUUGUCCACGAGCAAUUCGCCAAAUUCCAGCCCUGUGGCCCAACCACUGUUGGGAAUUGCCUCAGUAUGAUCCUCGGCGAUUAUUUCCGUGACCUGUAUGCUGCUAAGAGACGGGAGGAUGGAUGCAAGAACAUGAAGCCCCUGAAUGUGCUCAUCAUUACUGAUGGCGCGUCAUCGGACGAUGUAGAGAGUGUGAUCGUCUAUUUUGCUAGGCUACUUGAGGCCGACAAGUGGCCACCCGGACAGAUCGGGGUACAGUUUGUUCAGAUAGGGAAUUCGAGGCAUGCAGCACAGUUCCUUAGAAACCUGGAUGAUUUGAAGCAGGCACAUGUACGGGACAUCGUCGACACAACGCCCUAUAUCGGCCAACUGAGUGCUGACAUGCUUAUCAAGGUCCUCGUCGGUGGUAUUAAUCGCCGCGUGGACACGAAGGGUGGUGAUUCGGUUAUGUUUUGAGUUGCAAUACACUCGACAAAACACCUGUAUCAUAUCUGGAGCUAAGGAUUUGUCGUCAGCUCAGUACCCAACAAAUCUUCCUGUAGCAAAUAUACCUAUGCAUGUACGUAGCCUUAGUAAUUUACCAGUACUGAAUCAUGAGUCUCAGUCUCCCAAUGCGAAUGCGAGAGCCCCAAAAUCAGGUGCAGCCUUAGACAUCCCUCUCGCCUAGGUCUUGCUCCCCCGGCGAACGAAACGCACAACACCAUCCAGUUCCGACAUCCAGAUCUGACCGGGGAGAUCGCCUUUAUAUCAAGCCUCCCUCCAGGU